AUUUCCGUCUUCCCCCUCCGCGAGCUCCUUUGUUAGAGAAGCAGCAUAAAAAGGCCGUUUCUCUGUCGCGGCGGUACAGCAGCUCUUUCUCCUCCAGCUUUCUCUCCUUCACACAGAACCUCCAACACUACAGAAGCCCCGCGAUACGGAGCUCAUUUUCCUACAUGGAUCCGAUGGACAACCGCAACAACAACAACAAAGGAAAGAAGAUGAACCCCGGCGGUAAAAUGGAGAGCGAGAGCAAGUACCUGCCGGAGCUGCUGGCGGAGAAGGACAGCCUGGACUCGUCCUUCACUCACGCCAUGAAACUGCUGUCUGCAGAAAUUGAAAGGAUCCAAAAAGGAGAGCCCAAGAAAGAUGAAGAGGCCUACUUGGACCUUUUUACUGCCAAGAAUGUCCGUGUGAAGGAGCGUGUGCUUAUUCCUGUCAAACAAUACCCACGGUUCAACUUUGUGGGCAAGAUUCUUGGACCCCAGGGCAGCACCAUCAAACGACUACAGGAGGAUACAGGUGCCAAAAUCUCAGUCCUGGGCAAGGGCUCGAUGAGGGACAAAAACAAGGAGGAGGAGCUGAGGAAGGGAGGUGAACCCAAAUAUGCUCACCUUGCUAUGGAGCUGCAUGUCUAUAUUGAAGUGUUUGCUCCAAUCCCAGAGUGCUACCUGCGAAUGGCUCAUGCAAUGGAGGAAGUCAAGAAGUUCUUAAUGCCUGUGGAAAACAUGGAUGAGAUGCAUGGAGACCCAUUCAUGGAUGUUGGUUAUCUGAAUGGCUCACAAGAUGGUUCAAACCGUGGAAGAGGUGGUCCAGUCAGAGGCCGUGGAGGUCCACCACCUUUGGCUGGAGCUAGGGGACGUGGCAUGCCCCCUCGUGGUGGCGCACCCCGUGGUGGAGCUCCUAGAGGAGGUCCUGGCCGAGGAGGUGCAUCAAGAGGUGGGGCUCCUGUGGGCAGAGGUGGCCCACCUUCCGGUGGCUCCAAUCGUGGAGGAGCUUCUGCACGUUCCAGGCCCCCUAGUGCCCCUCAGAGGAUGGCCCCCGCACCUGUGCUUUCUCACCAGCAGCAUCACCAGCAGCCACCAGAGUCGUACGGAGAAUAUCCUUACGAGGAGUCCUAUGCGGAACAAGCUUAUGAGGGUUAUGAGGGCUAUUACAGUCAGCCUGCUCCACAAGCCGAUACAGAGUACUAUGACUAUGGUCAUGGUGAGGCUCAGGAGUCCUAUGGAUCUUAUGCUGAAGAUGACUGGGAAGGUGCUGCUUGGGGUGGUACUGGUGGAAAGUCGGCAUCCUCGAGGCAGAACAAAGGCGCCUAUAGGGAGCACCCAUACGGAAGAUUCUGAGACGUGUCUAAACACUUUGGUUGCCUGGGCAGCCGCCUCCCCGUUGUAACUCCUCCUUUUAACAACACAAAGUAAUUUUAGAUAUCUUUCUUUUUCUUGUAUGUUUUUGUUCAGUUCUUUUUAUUUGCCACAGACUGCUUUUAAUGCUUAAAAGUUGAUGGGACACAAACCUUUUGUGGUUACCUGUAAGGACUGUGCUUAUUCUUUUGUUUAUUCCUAUUUGCCUUGUCUUGCGCAUUGAUAUUUUUGCUUAUGAUUUUGACCGGCUGAUCAUUUGAGUGUAACUAGGGCUAUGUCUCUUGGGUAGUGUAUUUUGCAGAUUCUUUGGAUAGACUAAUGUGCUUCUAAUGCAAAAUCUUAUGCAUGGUAGACCUGUUCACUUAUUUUGUAUAUAAAAGCGCUUUUGAGUAUCGUAAUACACAAAAUAGCCUUUUCAAAAUGAAGGGGGAAAGUAAAGAUCUAGAUAAACGUUUAAAACAAAACAAAAAAAAGACCCAUUGAAACAACCUGCAGUGUAUAAAUAUGAUCAGUUUUCACAAACCAGAAGAAAACUGUACUUUUAGUUUAUGCUGUUCAAAGAAAUGCCCAAUUGUCUUGAAAAAUGACCAGCCCAAAAUGUGUAUAAGUUAACUGCACUUAUACUACACUUACUGAAACUCCAAAACUCUACUUUUUGUUUUGUAUAGAUUUUUUCAUAAAAUACAAAUCUGUGUUCGUUGCCUAAAUAGGAAACUAAAUCUGUUUUUGUUUUCUGUAGAAUGUCAAUAAAGCGCAGUGUUCUUUUCCAGCUAACAAAA